AUGGAAGAAGUACAUACAAACGGCGAUUUAAGGAAGAGAAAGUAUGAUGCUCACGACGCAAACGAUAUAUCAUCCCUCAAAAAGGAAACAAAGUCUGAAGUAACUGAAUAUCAGCCUUCCAACAAUAAGACAAUUGGUUUAAUUUUUGUAUCUCUUCUUUUGGACCUGCUCGCAUUUACAAUGAUUUUGCCUUUACUACCGUCGCUAUUGGACUAUUACGAUAAAGAGGAAGGUCAUAAAGCAACUUUAUACUCUUCUCUUUUAAAUGCCGUCCAAAGAUUUCAGAAAAUAACUGGCGCUCCUGAGAGAUUUGCCUCUGUUUUAUUUGGAGGUGCACUAGGAUCUUUAUAUAGUUUUUUACAAUUCUUGACAAGCCCUAUAGUAGGAAGCCUUUCAGAUGCUUAUGGAAGAAAGCCCUUAUUACUUUUAUGUCUGAUAGGAAUAGCCUUAUCUCAUGGCUUAUGGAGUUAUGCUAGUUCAUUCAGCCUGUUUGUGUUAGCCAGGUUUAUUGGUGGUUUAAGCAAGGCCAAUGUUAGUCUUAGCAUGGCAAUUGUAACUGAUGUUUCCAAUGAUAAAAAUAGAGCUAGAGGCAUGGCUUUAAUCGGUUUAGCAUUUUCAAUAGGUUUUAUUGUGGGUCCUUUGGCCGGUGCUUGGUUUGCAAAAAACAAUGAUAAUUCCUGGGGCAUGUGGGGUGAACGACCUGCACUGUAUGCUCUGUCCCUAUCUGUUGCAAAUAUACUUCUUGUCACUUUUUGUAUACCAGAAACAUUAUCAAAGGACAAAAGACCGUCACUGUCACUAAGCCUAUCAAAAUGCCUUGAUUAUGUGUCUCCAUGGCAUUUAAUGAGAUUCAGAGCUGUGAAAAACUUAACAGCUAAACAGAGCAAAGUUCUGUAUAAAUUGGGGCUAAUUUAUUUCAUCUAUCUUUUUACGUAUUCUGGACUGGAAUUUACUCUCACAUUUUUGACGCAUCACACAUUUAAAUACACUGCUAUGCAGCAGGGUAAAAUGUUUCUAGUGAUAGGUGUUAUUAUGAGUGUCCUACAAGGAGGUGCGUCACGGCGUCUAGGCGCGCGCGGGGCUGUACGCGCGGCUCAACUUGCAUUGGUGUUAACUCCACUUUCCUUCUUAUGUGUCGCACAAGCCGCUGUCCCGCGACCAGCUCUGAUGAGCCCUCUCGCUUGGUUAUGGGCGGGCCUUGUACUAUUUGCUCUGUCAACGGCUUUUGCGGUAUCUUGUAUGACAUCGAUGGCGGCGUCUCAUUCACCUGAAGACUCUCGAGGGGCCGUUUUGGGCACGUUACGAUCUCUCGGAGCCCUAGCUCGCGCCGCUGGUCCGUUAAUUGCUUCCACAGUAUAUUGGUGCUCAGGCGCAGCUGUAACCUACACCAUUGGUGCGGUAAUUCUAAUCAUUCCAGCUGUUAUGUUGUGUAGACUUAAAACGUAA